GACUUAUUCGGCUCUGUUUAGUCCCCAAAUGGCUCCACGUCUUCAAGCAACGGCACCACUAUCAGUACCCGGGCUGGGUCUCAUUCGGUUACUCUACCGCCAACUCUCUCGCGACCGUCAGCCGAGAAUGCUCGCCAACUCGUAACUGCACCAGGGAGAACCAGACAGACAGUUGCUACUGAACGGCGCCCAGGCAUUAUCAAGCCCUACAAACAAGCCGCUACUCAGCUUCGCCAACAAGAAGAGCGCAAAGAGCCUAAGCCUCCGAACAAAUUCAUCAAGUUCCUCUCCGGAGUCCGGCCAGCGCUCCAGGAUCGCCGCACGUACAAUCUUGCCGGGUAUUUGCCUAUGGUCGCCGCCCGGUUGUACCACAUGAUGACGGAGGUCCAGCGGAAGCCCUUCAUAGAAGCUGGUGCACGUCAUCUCGAAGACAAAAGGCGACAAGAGCCCCAACCUGCCCAGAAGCGCAAGUCGCGGAACACCGAGCCGCUCCCCGACGGUGUGGUCGGUUUCGACAUAAUCCAUCCUGAGUUCGUGGCGGACGCCCUUCGCAUCAUGGUGCGCUGUGCCGUCUGCGCCGACCUCGACCCCCACAUCGAUGACACACGCGCGAAGAGGGGCCGCUACGCUAAGGAAGACAUGUGCAUCGCGCACAAGCUUGCUCAGCUCCGCGAGCAUGUCUGGGAAACUUGGCAUGUGUGGGGCGAGUCAGGCGUCAUCGAGGAGCUGCCACCCAUAUUUGAAGAACACGAACAGCAGUACACCAACGCAGAUCUGAGCCCGUUCCCUGUGUCAUGUUAUCUCUGCGCUGCCCCUUGAAAUCAUACCAAUCGAGGUUUAUCUUCUAUCAUGACAUGCCUAUGAGCACUGCUGCCAACGAAGUUUGAAACCAGCCACUGUUGUCGACUCACGCAUCCGUCAUAGCUAUAGCGCCUUGUAGAAUAUAACUGCAUGAAUCCACCUCACUUUCUGUCAACAAGCGGAAGAAAACGUACGAGCAGCGUGAAGCCGCUAGAAGACAACUUGACUAC